AUGUAUGGUUUGGGUAAAAAAGACAGAAUCAAUUUCAAAAUACGAGAACUAAAAGAAUUAAGAGAAAGAAUAAAAGAACGAAUGGAUAUCAUGACAAAUAUUGAAAAAGAAUUAGCAGAAUUAAUGGAGAAGAGGGACAAUAGUAUAUUUUUUAAGAAUUACUAUCAAAAGAAAAUAUUAGAAAAAGAAGAAGAAUG